CUGAGAUAUUUCAUGUUCUUCAGCUACCAUUGAAUACAGCUAUAAUGACUGUUUUAAUCAAGACUCCUGAUCACGUCGAUCGUCUGGCCCAAAAGGUCCAGACCCUCUGCACGACCAAAGAUGCCGGCUCCAGAAUCCUCAUCGGUAUCUCUGGCAUCCCCGGCUCAGGAAAAUCUACCCUCGCAGCCUCAGUCACAGCACGCAUAAACCAACUCCAACACAGCCCCAACUUCGCCGUCUGCCUCCCCAUGGACGGAUACCACCUAUCCAGAGCCCAGCUGGCAGCCAUGCCGGACCCGGAAACCGCCAUUCACCGUCGAGGUGCAGCAUUCACUUUUGAUGCGGAGGCAUUCCACCAGCUCGUUCAGUCACUGCGAGAGCCACUUUCUGCGUCUUCGCCAACCGUCUACGCGCCUAGCUUUGACCAUUCACUGAAGGACCCCGUGGCAGAUGACAUUCCCAUUCUGCCGACAUCGAGGGUGGUGAUCUUUGAGGGGCUGUAUGUUAGUCUUGAUCGGGAGCCGUGGAAUUCCGCUGCUGCGCUCAUGGAUGAGUCGUGGUUUAUUGAUGUCGAUCGUGAGAUUGCAAGGGCGAGACUGGUGAAGCGCCAUGUUGCGUCUGGGAUUGUGGCGGAUGAAGAGGCAGCUGAGCAUCGCAUAUCCAGCACGGACUUUUUGAAUGCGCAUGAUAUUAUGGAGAAUAGAUUGGUGGUGCAGGAGAUUAUACCGGGUAGUUAGAUCGUAUUCUAAUUCAUCCACAAGCGAUUUGUCUAUAGACGAUGUUUUGCUGCAGUAUGUCGGAUAAACAUGAUCAAUUGCCGUAUAUCCCCGGCUUUAUUUCAAUAGACUGACCUUCCCCUAAUCACAACAGACUUAGGCUUUAGGCUUCACGGCAUCUAUCCAAGGCGUAGCAAGUAGCUCCAUCGUACUCUUUCUAUCUGCUGGGUCAAUCUUCAUUAGAGACUCCAAGAACAUGACAAACUUGCGUCUAUCCUCUUCAUUUAAAUCCUCCAUAAAGGCCUCUGACUCU